AUGCUUGGCAAUUUGUUUAAGACUUGUGAUAGGUGCCAAAGGACAGGGAACAUAUCACGGCGCGAUGAGAUGCCCCAAAAUCCUAUUCUUGAACUUGAAAUCUUUGAUGUUUGGGCAAUUGACUUCAUGGGCCCUUUCAUCUCAUCCCAAGGAAACCGGCACAUUCUAGUUGCCGUUGAUUAUGUCUCCAAAUGGGCGGAAGCCGUGGCAUCUCCCACCAACGACUCAAGGGUGGUCAUCAAUUUGUUCAAGAAAGUCAUCUUCCCAAGAUUCGGUGUUCCUAAGGCAAUCAUAAGUGAUGGAGGCUCACACUUCAAGCACCAUGCAUUCAACAAGCUUCUUUCAAAGACCGCCUUCAAGACUCCUAUAGGGACUACCCCCUAUAAGCUUGUUUAUGGGAAGAAUUGCCAUUUACCCGUAGAGAUGGAGCACCGAACGCAUUGGGCAAUCAAGCAAAUCAACUUUGAUCUCCACAGUACGGGUGAGCAAAGGCUUCUAGAGCUUCAUGAGUUGGAAGAGCUGAGAAUGAAUGCAUAUGACAGUGCAAGCCUCUACAAAGCAAGAACCAAGGCAUGGCACGAUGCUCGAAUUUCCAAGAAGGAAUUUGUGGAAGGACAAAAGGUCCUGCUCUACAAUUCAAGACUCAAGCUCUUCCCCGGGAAAUUGAGAUCUAGAUGGAGCGGUCCAUUUCAAGUGUCCAAAACCUUUCCUUAUGGCUCGGUUGAGAUUUUCAAUGACAAGUACCCUCCAUUCAAAGUGAAUGGGCAGCGUCUCAAGCCAUACUAUGAGGGUCAGCUAAUUGAGAAGCCAGAAAAUUUAUCUCUCAUUGAUGUUUCCAAAUCACCAUGA